AUGGGAGAGGAUACAAUAGCACUUCCUGGUCAAGAUUAUGACAGUAUUCCAUUCGAAAUCUUAAAUAAAAAUACAAAUAUAAAGACAUUAGACUUAAGUUUUAAUAAUAUAAAGAAAGUAGAGUCGUUGGAUAAUUUUAAACAAUUGGUUUCAUUGGUUUUAGAUAAUAAUCAAAUUGAAUCAAAUAACGAUUUUUCAAAUUUACCAAAUUUAAAAACAUUGUCAUUAAAUAACAAUAAUAUUUCAGAUUUAAGAGAAUUUAUAGAAUCAAUUAAAAAUAAAUUCCCAAAUUUAACAUUUUUAAGUUUAUUAAAGAAUCCAGCAUGUCCAAAUUAUUAUUUUACUGGUGCAGAUUUUAAUGAUUACCAAAAAUAUAGAUAUUACAUUCUAUACCAUUUAAAACAUUUAAAAUUUUUAGACUCAACACCAGUAACAGCAGAAGAAAGAAAAGAAGCUGAAAGAACAGGUGUAUAUUCAUUACCAGCAAAACCAGUAUCACAAAAUGUAGUCACCGAAGAAGUUGAUGAAGAUGAACCAACUUAUAGAUCACUUUCAAGUGAUUUAGCUCCAGAGGGUAAAGGUAAAGCUUCUUUUGGUGUUUCAACUUAUGUUUACUAUGGUAGACAAUCAGAAGGAAAUAGAUUCAUUAUGAAUGAUGAUUUAUAA